AUGCACUCCAAAAAAUCAAUACAAGGGUCUGAGACUGUUGAGCAAGUUUCCAUUGAAGCGCCCGGCUCAUCAUCCCCACAAUCAAAUCACAAUUCCUCAUCCGAUGACGAACAAGAUGUCCAGGAUGAUAUUUCGCAAUCCGAUUCAGAUUCGUUAGACAGUCAGGCUUCGCGGAAACGGCGAAAGACAUCCCAGGUGCUAGAAGAUGGAGAUAUCCCUUUGAUUGCUACUACUUCUGUUCCCUCCCGGGUAAAAGCAAAAUCGCAAAACAAUCUUCUCGAACCGAAAAAUUUCAACAAUGGCGCAGUAUUGGCUCCCACGGAUGCGCAAACAACGUUUGCUGCCUUGGAUGUGAAGCCAUGGUUGGUGGCGUCAUUGGGGGCCAUGGCUAUCAAGCGGCCUACAGGUAUUCAAAAGGGUUGCAUACCGGAGAUAUUGAAGGGAAGAGACUGUAUAGGAGGUAGUCGCACGGGUUCUGGAAAAACAGUGGCAUUUGCAGUUCCAAUUCUACAGAAAUGGGCUGAAGAUCCCUUCGGGAUCUUUGCUUUAGUGCUUACACCCACGAGGGAAUUGGCAUUACAAAUUUACGAGCAAUUCAAAGCCAUCUCAUCCCCUCAAUCUCUCAAGGCUGUUCUGAUAACCGGAGGCUCCGAUAUGCGACCUCAAGCAACGGCCCUUGCACAGCGACCACAUGUUGUUAUCGCAACCCCUGGCAGAUUGGCAGAUCACAUUCGAACCUCGGGCGAAGAUACAGUUUGUGCUUUACGUCGAGUGCGCAUGGUGGUUCUUGAUGAAGCGGAUCGAUUGCUUGCAUCUGGUAGUGUAGGAAGUAUGCUUCCAGAUGUUGAAGAAUGCCUUUCUCUCCUCCCUCCUCCUAGUGAGCGCCAGACCCUAUUAUUCACAGCUACAGUCACCCCAGAAGUACGAGCUUUGAAGGACAUGCCUCGCACCCUAGGAAAGCCUCCAGUUUUUGUUUGUGAAGUGGAUACCCAGGCUUUGGCAAUUCCUUCUUCCCUUAAUCAAAUGCAUCUUCAGGUACCGGUAACACAUCGAGAGCACUAUCUGCACAUGUUUCUGCUUACUGAAAAGAAUUUACCGAAAUCUAUCGUGAUUUUUUGCAAUCGAACCGCUACCGCCGACUACCUCACCCAUCUAUUGCGACUUCUUGAGCAUCGAGUUACGGCUCUUCAUUCUAAGCUCCCACAACGACAAAGAAUUGAUAAUUUAGGUAGAUUCCGUGCCUCUGCUGCCAGAAUCCUAGUUGCGACUGAUGUGGCAGCUCGUGGUCUCGAUAUUCCAGAGGUCGGACUUGUAAUCAAUUAUGAUGUUCCUAGAGAUCCAGAUGACUAUAUUCACCGAGUUGGUCGUACAGCUAGAGCUGGCAGGAAAGGAGAAGCUGUUACAUUCGUAGGUCAAAGAGAUGUACAAUUAAUUCUAGCCAUUGAGAAGAGAGUUGGAAGACAAAUGGAAGCAUGGACAGAAGAAGGCGUUAAUCUGGAAACGAGAGUGAUUAGGGAAUCAUUGAAGUUAGUGGGAGAAAAGAAACGCGAAGCUAUGCUAGAAAUUGAGGAAGGAAGAGAAGUUGGUGGAAAACGAAAGAGAGGCAUGAAAAAGUUGAGUUGA